UGGGUCUCCCCCUGUCCAUGUAAGUGCUUUUGCAUGAGGGAGUUUGCAGCAGCCGUGUGCUGGGAGCUCUAGAGGGAGGGUCUGCAGAGUUUAUAUGUCUCUGCUUAAACUCAGUGGAUGCUCAGUGGUCCUUGAACAGUUUGGAUCUAACUGCUGACCUGGCUGGCUAACAGGUGGUGCUUUGGGGAAACAGUGAGAGCACUGUGUGGAGUGCUGCUGCACGCUAAGACUCUUUGAGGACUGUUGCAGGAGCCAGCAGCAUGUUGAGGAUCCAGACAUGGUUGCUUCUCUUGGUUCUCUGUGCUGGGAGCUUGGAUGCCUGGUUCUGGUCUUCAGUUCCCCACACAGAAAUCCCAACAAAGGCAACGGCAACCGAGACAAGGGCAACAGACACAAUGGCAACUGAGACAGCGGCAACAGGUACAGCUGCUACACAGACAGCAGCAACAGAGACAGGGGUAAAAGAGACAAUGGCAACAGAGACAGCGGCAACAGAUGCAGCUGCAACACAGACAGCGGCAACAGAGACAGUUGCAGCAGAGACAGCUGCAACAGGGACAGCGGCAAAAGAGACACCUCCAACAGAGACAGGGACAACAGAGACAACGGCAGCAGAGACAAUGGCAACAAAGACAGCUACAACAGAGGCAGCUGCAACAGAGACAGCAGCGACAGGGACAGCAGGAACAGGGACAGCAGGGACAGCAGGAACAGGGACAGCAGCAACAGAAACACCGCCAACAGAAACACCGCCAACAGAGACAGAGGCAACAGAGACAGGGGCAACAGAGAAAAUAUCAACAGAGACACCAGCAGCAGAGACAUUGGCAGCAGAAACAACAGCAGCAGAGACAAUGACAACAGAGACAGCAGCAACAGAGAAACCAGCAACAGAGACAAUGGCAACAGUAACAACAGGUGCUGCCACAACACCCAAUAGCACAAAGAAGAGGGAGGAGGGAGAGGAGGAAGACAACUUGUCUGGGGUUGGGGAAGAAAUCAUCCUCGGGGCCACAGUAAUCCGUAAGUUUGUCGAGGCGUGGGACGUGACCCCGACUCCCGGGACUACUAACGGAGGCCUGACAGAGAAGGUGGAGAGAAUUAGCCCUAACACACCGGGUAAUACAGAUAGGUUGAGAGGGGAGAGGGUGGAGGAGGGGUCUGGUGUUUGGGCAGGGGAUGGAUCUGGUUCAGGAUCAGGGUCCACAGCUGAUCUUGAGACAGAUGUAGAAUCAGUGAUGGUCUUGAGAAGUGUUAAAGUCCUGCCUAGCAAUUUAACCGGUGAUGCUUUUAAAAUGAAUGGGACUCAUGAGGAUGUUCUGGAUUCAAAGGUAACUCCCCCUGAUAGUCGCAUCAAUGCUUCGGACUCACCUUGUCUCCCUGUGCCCUCUGAUUGGCCCAUUUGCUCGGGCAAACAGUCAAGGUUUUUCAUGCUGCCCAACUUUUUCAACCACACAUCUGUGGAAGAGGUGGGGGCGGUCCUACAUGAGUGGGCGUGGUUGACGAGGGCAGGGUGUCACUACGGCGCAGAGUGGUUCCUCUGCCUCCUGCUGACUCCCAGGUGCCUUUCACCCCCUGCUCCCCUGCACGUGCCCUGUCGCAGCUUCUGCCACGUUCUGCAGGACAGCUGCUGGACGUCCAUGGAAAAUGGGCGCCUCCCGGUGGAGUGUCACCUCCUGCCUGAAAGAGCGCAGGAGCCUGGGCGUCCGGCAUGCGUGUCAGUUAGUAACUGGAAAGAGGAGAAUGGUGUCUCCUUGCUCCAGCUCAUUGGAGACCCUACACCUAGUGAGAUCACCAGGGGCUACGGUCCGAGGGGUGAGGCCACCUACGUAUUCACCUCUGCGGCGGUGUCGGGCCAGCCGGCUCUGACCCACGUCCCCAACCCUUUCUACCGCCACUUCUCCCUCCUCUUCCACCUCAAGCCCUCCACUCCCGACGCCUCCGUCCUCUUCUCCAUCACUGACGGGAACCAGAGGUUCAUGUACGUUGGUGUCAAGCUCAGUGCAGUGAAGUUUGGCCGUCAGAAGGUGCAGUUCUUCUACACCGAGCCGGACUCUGAGGCUUCGUACGAGGCAGCCAGCUUUGACGUGCCGAGCCUGGUGGACACCUGGAGUCGCUUCUCUCUGUCUGUCUUUGAGGAGCAGGUGACUUUCUACCAGGGCUGCGACUCUGAGCCACAGGUGGUGAAGUUUGAGCGUUCCCCGGACCCCAUGGAGCUUGACGCGGGAGCUGGGAUCUUUGUGGCUCAGGGAGGAGGAGCUGACACUGACAAGUUCCAGGGGGAGAUCGCAGAGCUGAAAGUAGUGGGAAACCCUCGGGCGGCUGAGCGUCUGUGUGACGACGAGGACGACUCUGAUGCUGCCUCUGGUGACUUUGGCAGUGGUGAAGGCGAGAGGAGACUGACGGGACAAACUGUCACCCCCGCACCGUCCCGUCCAGUACCUGAACCCCCGCUGAUAUCCUCACAAGGAGAAAAGCUCAAGGAAACAGACAUCAGGUAUAAGCAGCCGUCGGUGGACUACAGCCGGUCUGGAUCACCAGGCCCACGAGGUCCUGGUGGUGCUAAAGGUGAGAAAGGUGACAGAGGAGAGAAAGGCACAAAGGGGGACAGAGGCCCCGCAGGGCCGAAGGGAGAUUCAGGGUCCACCUCUGGCUUUGGUGUGUCCUCUCAGGGUGGGGAACGAGGACAGAAGGGUGAGAAAGGUUCAAAGGGCAGCUCUGGCUUUGGGUACCCUGGCAAUAAAGGAGAACGAGGAGCUUCAGGGCCGCCCGGGCCCCCCGGUCCUCCUGGCCCUGCAGCUGAAGUGGUCCGACUCGGGGAUGGCUCUGUUGUACAGCAAGUGGCUGGACCCCCUGGACCUCCCGGACCGGCUGGGUUGGAUGGUGCUGCAGGACCUCCAGGAACUGAUGGGGAGCCUGGUGACCCAGGAGAGGAUGGAAAAACUGGUCCUCCUGGGCCACGAGGUUCCCCAGGAAGUCCAGGAACACCUGGUGCCAAAGGCCAAAAGGGUGAGCUUGGAGAGGGUCAACCAGGACCCAGAGGCCCCCCAGGUCCACCAGGACCUCCUGGACCUGGCACUGGUGAUCGCCCAACGUUUGUUGACAUGGAGGGUUCAGGAUUCCCAGACCUGGACAAAAUCCGGGGUGCCCGCGGUCCUCCUGGUCCCCCAGGUCCUCCUGGUCCUCCUGGGAUCCCUGGUACUUCAGUGGCACUGGGAACCAGUGGUCCUAUAGCCUUUGGACCUCCUGGACCACCUGGACUAGACGGAGUUCCUGGUCUACCAGGCCCUCCUGGUCCUCCUGGUGCACCUGGUCAACCUGGACUCAGAGGAGAGAAGGGUGACUGUGGUGAGCUCGGGCUUCCAGGAGCAGCUGGUGAAAAGCAAGAUACACAAGGCACCGGCUUUUUCCCCGGCCUGUUCUCUUACUUUACUCCAUCCUCUACGGGUUCUCAGGGUGAUCCAGGACAGACAGGUCAACCAGGGCAGACUGGGCUUGCGGGGCUUCCAGGUCCCAUGGGACCAGUUGGUCCUCCAGGACCCCCUGGACCACCGGGGCCACCUUACCGCAUUGGCUACGGUGACCAGGAUGGAUAUGAGGUGAUCAAUGGCUUACCUGGCCCACCUGGACCACAGGGUCCACCUGGUAUUGCAGGUCUACCAGGUAAGCCAGGUUUGCCAGGCAUCCAUGGAGACAAAGGAGCAGAGGGACCAAGAGGAGCACCUGGGCUCUCAGGCGUGGACGGGUUCCCUGGACAGCCCGGCCAAAAGGGAGAAAGAGGAGCGAAAGGAGAGGUGGGUCUACCAGGCCGAGAUGGUGGACCACCUGGCCCCCCAGGCCCUCCCGGACCUCCGGGACAGAUCAUCUACCAGACAACACGUGACUAUAACGACAUAAAUUGGAACGAAGGGUAUCAGAGAGGACCUGGUACUCCAGGUAAAGCAGGAUUCCCAGGGCCCAGUGGACCAAAAGGAGAUAAAGGAGAUGCAGGUCCUCCAGGAUAUGCACCUAAGGGAGAGAAAGGAGAGCCUGGCAUCAUCAUGGGGCCUGAUGGGAGACCUAUGUAUCUGGGUGGCCUGGCAGGACGGCCGGGUGAUAUGGGACCCCCUGGCCCUGUGGGACCUCCUGGUUUGAAUGGUCUUGCAGGCCAGAAGGGAGAGAUUGGGCUUCCAGGCCGACCGGGUCGGCCGGGACUGAACGGCGUCAAAGGAGAGAAGGGAGAUUCAGGCAGUGGAUCUGGAUAUGGAUACCCUGGUCCUCCAGGUCCACCCGGUCCACCAGGACCCCCUGGACCUCCUGCUCCCAUCGAUAGACUCAGAGGAUUUGAGGAUUAUGCCAGAUAUUACCCCGCUGUCAAAGGAGAGAAAGGGGACCGUGGACCACCAGGGACCAUCCAAAUUACAGGUGUCGGCUCAGCCUAUGACUUUUACACUUUAAAGAAUGAGUUGAAAGGUGAAGUGGGCAGUCCUGGAUUGAAAGGAGAGAAAGGAGAACCAGGAGGAGGGUAUUAUGACCCCCGCUACGGAGGGAGUGGAGCCCCAGGCGUGCCUGGACCUCCGGGACCUAAAGGUGACUCCAUCAUUGGCCCACCAGGCCCUCAGGGGCCACCUGGUCCACCAGGAAGAGGCUAUGAUGGGCAGCCUGGACCACCGGGGCCACCUGGACCUCCUGGACCCUCUCUGCCUGGAGCUUACAGAGGCACACAGACUAUCAGCAUUCCUGGGCCACCGGGACCACCGGGAGCACCUGGACUACCUGGACUCUCCUCUGGGGUAACAGUGCUGAGGUCUUAUGAUACCAUGACAGCCACGGCUAGAAGACAACCUGAGGGCUCUCUGGUGUACAUUAUAGACCAAACAGAUCUCUACUUACGGGUCCGAGAUGGAGUUCGACAAGUCCAGCUCGGGGGAUACAUUGCUUUGCCCAGUGAGGAUGGUAAUGAGGUUGCAGCUGUGGAGCCCCCACCGGUCGUCCCCUACUCCCCAGACCAACGCUCCAACACUGACUCCCGAAGCCCACCUGACAGCGGGUCACAACCUAACGUGCAUCAUACAACACGCAACCCUGAUCCCAGAUAUCCAACUCACCCUGACCCCCGGUAUCACCCUGAUCCCCGAUAUCACCCUGAUCCCCGAUAUCACCCUGAUCCACGAUAUCAGCCGGAUCCGCGGUACCCGGCACCGACAGAUCCGAGGUUUCCAAGUUACGCAGACCGAAUAAACCAACCAGAUGAUAGGUAUUAUGUCCAUACCACCCAGGAACGCCCCGCGUACCCGGAUACUCCCUAUGCAGUCACCCCUCAGCGAAGACCACCUCGUCCUGUGCCCCAGACUCCAGUCCACCAUCACACUUCAGGCCCAGGGCUCCACCUGAUUGCCCUGAACAGCCCUCAGACCGGCUCCAUGCGGGGCAUCCGCGGUGCAGACUUCCUGUGCUUCACCCAGGCUCAGGCCAUCGGGAUGAAGGGAACUUUCCGAGCCUUCCUGUCGUCCAGACUCCAGGAUCUCCACAGCAUCGUCCGCAAGGCAGACAGAGACCGUGUGCCAAUAGUCAACCUGAAGGAUGAGGUUCUGUUUGACAGCUGGGAUGCCAUCUUCAAUAAUGGCAGAAUGAAGGACAAUGUACCGAUUUAUUCCUUCGAUGGCAAGAAUGUUCUCAGUGACAGCACGUGGCCGGAGAAGAUGACGUGGCACGGGUCGACCAGCACCGGUCAGCAGCACGUCGACAGCUACUGCGAGGCAUGGCGCGUCGGCGACCGGGCGCUGAGUGGCAUGGCGUCGUCGCUGCAGAGCGGCAGUCUGCUCCAGCAGAGCUCCAGCAGCUGCUCCAGCUCUUACGUCGUGCUCUGCAUCGAGAACAGCUACAUUGGCCAGACUAAGAGAUAGACACACACAUAAACACACACACAACACUGGACAAAAAGGAAAUCCGAAAGCGGUCAGCCAAGCUUUUGUCCACACACACUCUUUUCUAUCUUUGCACCGUAUGUGGUGCUUUGUAAAUACAUUUUUUGUUUCUAAUUGAUAAAUUAGUUUGUGUUUGUUAGCCCUUCUUAUGUGGUGCUAUACAGGAUUAUCCCACAUGUUGAACCUAAACUAAGCUCAGGUGACAUACAGUAACACACCCUCUGGCAGCCAUAUUAUUAGUCUAAACCUUUUAAGGCAACAGUGUCCUUAAAAGCCGACUGUGUUUCCAAAGGUGCAGCUUUGUUGGCCUUUCUUUGGUGUUUGUGACUUGUCAGCUACGAUGUUGAUAGAAAUAUUGAAAUUACCAUGCUUGGUGUCAGCAAAGCCAAGGUUUUAUUUGCCUAGGUCAUUUUUUUUGUCUCUGCUUUUCACAGUAUUGAAAAUUCAAUUUAUAGAAUUUAACAGUUUAUUUUCUAUCUACAGAACACAGACUGAUCCAAUGUUUUCAUAAGGACUAUUUCUUUGGUAGAAAGCUGUUAACACUGUGGUGAAUGGAUUGUCCAAAGUAACAAGGCCUUUUACGUAUUAUCAUUACAUUUGAGUCAGUGCCUGAGUGCCUGAAAAUCAGUGUUAAUAACCAUUUAAACAAGGUUUCCUGUGAUUUAAAUGUCAUACUUCCUUUUUAUAUACAGUGUUUGGCAGAGCUGGAGUGAAAAGUGGAGUGAUUGAAAUACUUUUGUUUAGCUUCUUUUCCUUUCCACUGAUGUUGACGCUGUAACCCACAGCGCUUGAGUAACGGCCUCUUAAUUUUGCGACUGCCUUACAUGAGAAGAUAUUUUCAGGUCGUAUUUUUAGCAAUAACAAAGGGAUAUUUAUUUUUUAUAAACUAUGCUUUGUCUAGUUUAGCUCUAAUGUGUGAUGUGAAUGCUUUCACAGACAAUAAUAACAUUUCCAAAUAUAUCCAGAAAAUGCAAAGCCUACACAAAGAAAUUUAAUAUGUGUUGUAAUCCUUAAAGAAAUUUAGGGAUGAGUUUCCCUCUGACAUAAAGUCCGUGCACAUAGUGAGCUAAUAAAAUGUCUGUACAGGUAUCUGGAAAAGAUUCAGCCAUAAAUGUUUUGUGCACUGUUGCUUGUUAAUUGUUUUGCUUUUUAUUUGAGAGCAGUACAGUAAAUGCACUGCAGCUCACUGGCGUCUCCGGCGGAGAGGACACAGACACUGGGGUGAAACCUAAGUGUCAUUCAUCAGUUUCAUGUACUAACAGAGCCGUAACUAAUGCAGUAAGUUGUGUAUUACUCCUGCAGAUUGUAAUCUGUCUCCUUUGUUAUGUGAGCAACAUUUCUGAAAUGCUGCAUCUUACUGAAUAAAUGUGUGGAAAUUGUGA